AAUAAGACAAAACUAGUGGAGAAAAUGCUUAAAGCGGUAGAUGCAGAGCUACUGUGAUUCAAAGAGAGACAGUCACAGAGAUAUUACAAAUUUGCAAUCCUGUAAUUUUUAGGGUUUUAGACGGAAACGAGAGAGGGGCAGGGAGAUGUCUGACCUAGAUAGGCAAAUAGAGCAGCUAAAGAAAUGCGAGCCAUUGAAGGAAUCGGAAGUGAAGGCUCUUUGCCUCAAAGCCAUGGAAAUCCUUGUCGAAGAGAGCAACGUGCAACGCGUCGAUGCCCCUGUCACUAUAUGUGGAGAUAUCCAUGGGCAGUUCUAUGACAUGAAAGAGCUUUUCAAAGUAGGAGGGGAUUGCCCAAAGACUAAUUACUUGUUUCUUGGAGAUUUUGUUGACAGAGGAUUUUACUCUGUUGAAACAUUUCUGCUUCUACUAGCUCUUAAGGUGAGAUAUCCAGAUCGGAUAACCCUCAUUAGAGGGAACCAUGAGAGCCGUCAGAUAACACAGGUGUAUGGAUUUUAUGAUGAGUGCCUACGAAAAUAUGGUUCUGUGAAUGUUUGGCGAUAUUGCACUGAUAUAUUUGAUUACUUAAGUUUGUCAGCUCUCAUUGAGAAUCGGAUUUUUAGUGUUCAUGGUGGUCUGUCUCCUGCCAUAUCAACAUUGGAUCAGAUUCGAACAAUUGAUAGAAAGCAAGAAGUACCUCAUGACGGUGCCAUGUGUGAUCUUCUCUGGUCAGAUCCUGAAGAUAUUGUGGAUGGUUGGGGUUUGAGUCCACGUGGUGCUGGUUUUUUAUUUGGUGGCAGUGUGGUCACUUCUUUCAACCACUCGAACAACAUUGACUAUAUAUGCCGUGCUCAUCAAUUGGUAAUGGAAGGAUACAAAUGGAUGUUUAAUAACCAAAUAGUUACUGUCUGGUCGGCUCCAAACUACUGUUACAGAUGUGGUAAUGUGGCUGCAAUCCUCGAGUUGGAUGAGAACCUUCACAAGCGGUUUCGUGUGUUUGAUGCAGCUCCACAGGAAUCAAGAGGCACACCUGCCAAAAAACCUGCACCCGAUUAUUUCUUGUGAUGCAAUUGGCGAGAAGCCUUUUAUUAUUAGAUACGAGUGAAUUGAUGACAAAGAAAGAUCUACAGUAGCAUGGUGAAGAAAAUCAGGAGCAAUACCAGAAGAGCCAAUGGAGAGGUUACCUAGUAACCAGGAAGAGUUAUGCUUUCGGGUUUUUUUUAUACAUUUAGAUUAUUAGGGUUUGCUUUUUUGUAUUCCCAUUUCCACCACCAUUGAUUUCUGUAUGUGUAAUAGUAUUGUAUAUCAUGCAUUGUGCGGGUGAAUCAUGGAAUUGUAGAACAUCUAUCCUUCCUCAAUUUGGGUGGAGAUGAAUGGGUCAUGCAGAAGGAGAUAGUUUCGUUUUAUUUUCAUGGAAAAGAUUAGGUUAGGUACGGUGAAGGGGAAGCAAAAGAGGUAUAAGCCAUCAAAUUAGUUGUUUGCCCUUUCGUACGAUAAGAGUUAUGAUUUACUUUCUUUUUUUUUUUUGAGUGGUGUCAUGCUACCGUUAACAAGAUGACAAGAUUGAAGCACAGAUUCAUUUCUUUUGUGCA